GUCAAAAAUGGAAGUUAAAGGGUAAUAUCUGGAAGAAAAUAGAGAAGGAUAAGCUCUGCAUCAAGGGUGCCUGGUGGAGAAUGCAAUGGGAUCAAUAGCAUGUCUGCGGAGAGUGGCCCUGGGACAAGACUGAGAAAUUUAUCAGUAAUGGGGGAUGGACUAGAAGCUACACAAAUGUCUACAACACAGGCACAGGCCCAACCCCAACAAGGCAAUACUGUACCCCUUAAUCCACCUCCUCCAGAGACCUCAGAUCCUAGCAGACCCAAGCGUAUGACCAACCAACUACAGUAUCUUCUCAAAGUGGUGCUCAAGACACUAUGGAAACACCAGUUUUCAUGGCCUUUCCAGCAGCCUGUGGAUGCUGUCAAACUAAACCUCCCUGAUUAUUAUAAAAUUAUUAAAACUCCUAUGGACAUGGGAACAAUAAAAAGACGGUUGGAGAGUAACUACUACUGGAAUGCUCAAGAAUGUAUCCAGGACUUCAAUACAAUGUUUACAAAUUGUUACAUCUACAAUAAGCCAGGGGAUGAUAUAGUUUUAAUGGCAGAGGCUCUUGAAAAGCUUUUCCUCCAGAAAAUCUCUGAAAUGCCCCAGGAAGAAACGGAAAUCGUUGUAGUCCAGGCAAAAGGAAGAGGACGUGGUAGAAAGGAACCAGUUACACCCAAGGCAGGAGCAUCGACAAUACAGAAUACGACUCAAGCAUCAUCCCCAGCUCAGACACCAGCUCCACAGCAGACUCCUCAGCCAGUGCAAACAACUCAUUCCUUUCCUCCUGUGACCCCUGACCUUAUUGUUCAGACGCCCGUGAUGACUGUGGUGCCUCCCCAGCCUCCUGCCCCGCCGCCUCCCCCUGCACCUCCUUCAGUUUCAGCCCCCCAGCCCAUUCAAACACACCCGCCAAUUAUCCCCACAGCUGCCCAGCCCAUGAAGACAAAAAAGGGUGUGAAGAGGAAAGCAGACACUACAACUCCAACAACAAUAGACCCAGUUCAUGAAUCCUCAUCACUGCCCACAGAACCCAAGUCUGUCAAGACAGGUCCACGAAGGGAACCUCGACCUGUGAAGCCUCCAAAGAAGGAUGUUCCGGACUCUCAGCAGCAUGUAGUAGAGAAGAGUAGCAGUAACAAAGCAUCGGAGCAAUUAAAGUAUUGUAGUGGCAUCAUAAAAGAGAUGUUCGCUAAGAAGCAUGCUGCAUAUGCGUGGCCCUUCUACAAACCUGUGGACGUGGAAGCACUGGGACUUCAUGAUUAUUGUGAUAUCAUUAAGCAUCCCAUGGAUCUGAGCACAAUUAAAUCCAAACUGGAGAACCGCGAUUAUAGAGAUGCUCAGGAAUUUGCAGCUGAUGUCCGGUUGAUGUUUUCCAAUUGCUACAAGUAUAACCCUCCUGAUCAUGAGGUGGUUGCUAUGGCACGGAAAUUGCAGGAUGUGUUUGAAAUGCGCUUUGCUAAAAUGCCAGAUGAACCUGAAGAACCCGUGAUUCCAGCUUCCUCUCCUGUAGUGGUGCAGCCCCCACCCAAAAUGCCCCCACCUUCGUCCAGUGAUAGCAGCAGCGACAGCUCUUCUGAUAGUGACAGUUCAUCAGAUGAUUCUGAGGAAGAGCGAGCUCAGCGGCUAGCAGAACUUCAGGAACAGCUUAAAGCAGUACAUGAGCAGUUGGCUGCCUUGUCCCAGCCCCAGCAGAACAAACCAAAGAAGAAAGAAAAAGACAAAAAAGAAAAGAAAAAAGAGAAGCACAAAAAGAAAGAAGAAGUGGAAGAGAAUAAGAAAAAUAAAACCAAGGAUCCUCCACCUAAGAAGGCCAAGAAAAGUAACAGCAGCAGCAGUAACUCAAGUAGUAAGAAGGAGCCUCUGACUGUGAAGAACACCAAGCCACCUCCUGCUUAUGAGUCUGAGGAGGAGGACAAAUGUAAGCCAAUGUCUUAUGAAGAGAAAAGACAAUUAAGCCUGGACAUUAAUAAACUCCCUGGUGAAAAACUAGGUCGGGUUGUCCAUAUCAUCCAGUCAAGAGAACCCUCACUCAAAAACUCCAAUCCUGAUGAGAUUGAAAUUGACUUUGAGACAUUAAAGCCAUCCACAUUACGGGAGCUGGAGAGAUAUGUAACAUCUUGUCUACGGAAGAAGAGGAAACCUCAAGCAGAGAAAGUGGAUGUAAUUGCUGGUUCCUCUAAAAUGAAGGGGUUCUCCUCCUCAGAGUCUGAGAGCACCAGUGAGUCCAGCUCCUCCGACAGUGAAGAUUCAGAAACAGAAAUGCCCCCAAAACUUAAGAAAAAAGGACAUUGUGGACGAGAACAAAAGAAGCAUCACCAUCACCACCAUCCACAGGUGGUGCAGCAGCAGCAAUUGCAACCCCAGCAGCAGCUGCCGCCGCCGCCGCCGCCGCCUCCUGUCCCUCAGCAAGUAGCUCCUCCAAUCAAGUCCUCUCCUCCAGCUUUUGUUCCAGCGCAGAUCCCAGUUAUGGAGCAUCCGCUCCCGGGGAACAUGUUUGACACUAUCUCACAUUUCACUCAGCCUAUUAUGCAUCUUCCUCAACCAGAGAUGCCGCCCCAUCUCCCCCAACAGCCUGAGCACAGCACUCCUCCUCACUUGAAUCAGCAUACAGUGGUGUCCCCUCCAGCUUUGCACAACGCCCUGCCUCAGCAGCCCUCCCGACCCAGCAACCGAGCCGCAGCACUGCCCCCCAAACCCUCUCGGCCUCCGGCGGUCUCGCCAGCUCUCAACCAGCAGCCCAUGCUCCCCCAGCCUCCCCUUCCCCAGCCUCCCCAGGUUCUGCUGGAGGACGAAGAACCUCCCGCCCCUCACCACAACCUGCCCCUGAGCAACAGCCAGAUGCAGCUAUACCUUCAGCAGCUGCAGAAAGUGCAGCCACAGACUUCUCUCCUCCCUUCAGUGAAGGUCCAGUCGCAGCCGCAGCCCCCCCUGCAGCCCCCCGCUCACCCUCCCGUGCAACAGCUGCAGCAUCAGCCGCAGCAGAGGCCAGUACAUAUGCAGCCCAUGCAGUACCCUUCCCAUAUCCCUCCGCCUCAGCCGCCUCCGCAGCAGCACCUACCCCCACAGCAGCAGCAACCGCAGCCGCCCCAGCAGCCGCCGAAGCCCCAGCAAGUCAUCCAACACCACCCAUCACCGCGGCAUCACAAGCCGGACCCCUAUUCAGCCGGUCACUUGAGAGAAGCACCUUCCCCUCUCAUGAUGCAUUCCCCGCAGAUGCAGCAGUUCCAGGGGCUGCCACACCACUCUCCCCCGCAACCAAACGUCCAGCCAAAAAAACAGGAACCAAGAGCAGCGUCUGUGGUUCAGUCACAGCCGAUGGUAAAAGAGGAGAAGAUGCAAUCCCCGGUCAUCCGAAAUGAGACGUUCAACCCAGCUUUGCGGCAAGACCCUCCCAAGCACCCAGAGAGCAUCAAGCCACCUGCACAUAUCCAACAGCGAACAGAGAUGAAGCCAGUGGACAGUGGACGGCCUGUUAUAAGACCCCCUGAGCAAAAUGCACCGCCUGGAGUUCAGGACAAAGAAAGACAAAAGCAGGAACCAAAAACACCAGUUGCCCCUAAAAAGGAUCUAAAAAUAAAAAACAUGGGCUCCUGGGCAAGCCUAGUGCAGAAACAUCCCACCGCUCCAUCCUCGACAGUGAAGGCUAGCAGUGACAGCUUUGAACAGUUCAGGAGGGCAGCCCGGGAAAAAGAAGAGCGCGAGAAGGCCUUGAAAGCUCAGGCAGAAGCAGAGAAAGAGAAGGAGCGGCAGAGGCGGGAGCAGGAGAGGAUGAGGAGUCGUGAAGAUGAGGAAGCGCUGGAGCAGGCUCGCCGAGUUCACGAAGAGGUCCGGCGGCGCCAGGAGCAGCAGCAACAGCAUCAUCAACAGCCACCGCAGCCACCGCCGCAGCAGCAGCCACCGCCGCCAGUACCAGCGGCCGCCUCCGCUCCGCAAGCACAGAGCUCUCAGCCCCAGUCUUCUCAGUCCAUGCUGGACCAACAGAGGGAGAUGGCCAGAAAACGAGAGCAGGAGCGAAGGCGGAGGGAGGCAAUGGCAGCUACUAUCGACAUGAAUUUCCAGAGUGAUUUGUUGGCAAUAUUUGAAGAGAAUCUUUUCUAAUAGCACCUGGUUUUCUUCUCUUGACUUAAUUUCCCGGCAAAUCUUUGACUCUCCGUAGUGUUGUUGGUGGCUAGGAGGAGAGCAUUCCUGCAGCCCUUCUGCAUGUACGACAGUCGCGGCCUCCGAAGAAUCAGCAGAGUCUGCCUUACAAGUUGACUUUCUUCCCCACCCCUCGCCUCACCGAAGAAAGAGAGACCAAGACGCAAGCCAACUCUGUUGCUGGGUUUGAGUCGGUGGACAUGCAGUCGCUGGAAAGGGUUGCCCCCCUGAUCACUUGAUAGUCUCUAUGCCAAACUUACUUGCAGUAUAUCCAGGACUUUAUGCUGUUCACUCCUUUUCUAUUCGUAAGAGUUCCUAGUCACA